AUGUCAUCAAUAUGCAAGAACUUCCCUGAUCUAUGUCCAGGUCAACAGACGCCUCCAUUGGCACCGACUUCAACAAUGGAUCAACAACAUCAAACAGAUCAGUUCAAUGACAAUACCCAUGCCCAUGACCAUGAUCAACAACGAUCAUUGAUACCAAUCAUCUUGUUGACAGUGUUGAUCAUCACAUUAUGUCUUGUGAUUGGAGUACGCUGGUUGUAUAACUCAAUGCUCAAGUCAGAUAGUGAGGCACUGAAAGAUCUCGAGUCAAUCAAGGAUGAAGUGGAACCCAACGACAAGGAUUUACUACUAGCCGAUAUCAAACAUCAGCUAGAAGAGAAGAACUUUAAUAACUUGGACAAGUUAUUGAUGGAGUACGAGAAGAAGGAGUAUAAAGCUGAUGACAAUAAUGAGAUACAGUUGAUGGCUGACAUCAGAUCGAUGGUCAGCAUAUAUCGCGAGGCCAACCAUCUCCUCGUCCAAUACGAUCAGUAUCGAAAGGGCAUCAUUACAAACUUUAAUGAUCAACUUGAUGACUAUGAUCAACUCAGAGCAAUGGCACUUCCACACCGAGAGAGGUUUGGCGAUGUAUUCUUGGAUCAGGACAAUGACUUUGAGAUGGAAAGGAAGAAGCUGGAGACUGUGGCAGAGAUGAAGAAGAUGAUUCAGGAGAGUGGAGGAGCUGGAGUUGGAGCUGAUGAUGAUAAUAAUAAUAAUAACAACAACAACAACAACAACAACAACAACAACAACAACAACAACAACAACAACAUCAUGGACAAUUCAUUCCAAUACCUUACCAACUUGGCGGACAACAAACAGAUUGAUCCCAGCAACAUGCCGUUGGCACUCGAGCUCUACAAUCAAAUGAAUAGUAAUCAGAAGACGUUGUUCCUUGGAUUUGUACAGCCUGAGGAGUCAUCAUCCUCCACCUCCGAUCUGAUGAGUCUCAUACCAAAGGAGGAGCCACUACAAGAUGGCGACUACAAUGAUGAUGAGAUAGAGUCCAUCAACAACAACAACAACAAUAAUCGAACAUCCAAACGAUCAAGCAAGAGACUAUCAAUGUUGGAUGUGUUUAUGAUGAUUGAACAAAAGAAGGAGAAGGAUAAAUGGGAGCGAUUCUAUUUAAAGAUGUGCGAGAAGAAUAAGAAAGACGAACAGAGACGAAGGGAGAAGCAACAGGAUCGAGAGGAGCGUGAGAGGCAACAUCUGAGGGACGCAUGCGAGAAGCGUCAACGUGCCUACCAGAAGAAGAUGGACGAUUAUGAGGCUAACCAAAAAACCGCCAAAGAUAAGCGCGACAAGAUCAAUCUCAAGAACAAGGUGGAGCGAGACAAUUUCCACUACCGCAUCUUGGCCAAGCUCGUGCUGCUCAUCUACUGUGCCUUUGCCAUAUCCCAUGCCUACUCGAUACUCAUUACCCCACUACACAACCUGUCGUACUGCACGCCUAUAUUCAGUAUCAUAACGGGUCCGUCAAUGGACCCACGUUGCUCCAUCCGCGACCUGGGCCCUCUCAUCAAGUUGGUCUCCGCGAUAUGCUUCGUGCUGUUGCUCCCUGGCUGGUGUCCUGCAUGUGUUUACCUCGUGCCCGUUGGCUUGGCACUAUACUCCUACACCUCAGAGUUCUACAACUUCUUCCUGCAGCACUGUUUGCACAUCAUAAUCACUCUAUCGUUGCUCUGCUUCUGGGGACGAUUCAGUCAGUCAUACCCCAGUCUCCAUCACCAACUGGCGUAUGACCUGCUCAUCCUUGGCUUCGCCUUGUGCUCCUGUUUCCUUUUCCCUCCAAUUGGUCUAGGUCUACUAGGUACAUAUAUAAAGUAA